CUCUUGUCGUCACUGUCUGCUUAACAGCAAAGCGUCCCAGCUCACUAACUCACUACUCACUCACCUCUUUUCCUUUUUUUUUUCAAUUCUUUUAUUUAAUGUCUGCCAUUCUUAAUCCCUUGUAUAUUCUACAAUCAUUUUUAUCCAAUAAUCCAAUAACAAUAACCCAUAAAAUCAAAUCCCAGAUUUGAAUUACCUCCAUUUCCAUCCUAUACUUGUUGAAUUUCAUCCGCAUUACACUUCUAGAGUAAAAUAGACAAGAAUUUCAUCUUCAAUUUCAUCAAUUUUGAGCAAAUUCUGGGUUUUGAUUUGAAUUUUGAUCUCUGAUUUGGGGGAAGUAAUUCCCCAACAAUGGCUGAACUUCUAAGCGAAGUUGAACCACUUAGUAAUAAUUCUUCUUCUCCUACAAAUGAAAUUAUCACAGAAUCUUUCACUACAUUUUCAACUACAACCCAAACUCCUUUGCCGCCAUUAGUAGUUUCCGGAUCCUUUAAAGAAGGAAAAACUUCUUCUCGUAGACGUUCUUCUCGUCGUCCUAGUCUCGAUGCUGAUGACUUCUUGAAUCUCCUUCAUGGCUCGGAUCCGGUUAAGCUUGAGCUUAAUCGCCUUGAGAAUGACGUUAGAGAUAAGGAACGAGAACUUGCGGAAGCUCAAGCGGAGAUCAGGGCAUUGAAAUUGUCUGAACGCUUGAGAGAGAAAGCUGUUGAAGAGCUCACAGACGAGCUUGCAAAGGUUGAGGAAAAGCUGAAACUAACUGAAAAUCUGUUAGAAAGCAAGAAUCUAGAAAUUAAGAAAAUCAAUGAAGAGAAGAAGGCUUCUAUGGCAGCCCAAUUUGCAGCAGAGGCUUCCCUAAGAAGGGUUCAUGCUGCUCAAAAGGAUGAUGACAUGCCUCCUAUCGAAGCCAUUCUUGCACCUUUAGAAGCUGAACUUAAACUUGCUCGUCUAGAGAUCGGGAAGCUGCAGGAUGACAACAAAGCUUUAGAUCGUCUCACCAAAUCAAAAGAAGCUGCUUUAUUAGAUGCGGAGAAAACAGUUCAGUCUGCCCUUGCUAAGGCUUCCAUGGUGGAUGAUCUCCAGAACAAAAACCAAGAAUUGAUGAAACAGAUAGAAAUAUGUCAGGAAGAAAAUAAAAUCUUAGACAAAAUGCAUCGACAGAAGGUUUCAGAAGUGGAAAAGCUGACCCAAACUGUGCGGGAACUAGAGGAGGCUGUUCUUGCUGGUGGUGCAGCUGCUAAUGCAUUGCGGGAUUACCAACGGAAAAUGCAAGAAAUGAAUGAAGAAAGGAAAACCCUUGACAGGGAGCUAGCUCGUGCUAAGGUAACUGCUAAUAGGGUGGCUACAGUUGUAGCUAAUGAAUGGAAAGAUUCAAAUGACAAGGUGAUGCCUGUAAAGCAGUGGCUUGAAGAACGGCGAAUUUUACAGGGAGAAAUGCAGCAACUUCGGGAUAAACUUUCUAUUGCGGAGCGAGCUGCAAAAUCUGAAGCCCAGUUGAAAGAGAAAUUUCAGCUACGCCUCAAAGUUUUAGAAGAGAAUCUGAAAGGAACUCCAACUAAUAGCAACCGAUCUGCACCUGACGGAAGAAGUGUUGGUGAUGGACGCCGUCAAUCCCUUGGAGGAUUGGAUAACAUGUCCAAAGCUAACGGCUUUUUACCCAAGAGAUCGCCAACUCUUCAAUCAAGAUCUAUGAAUUCUAGUGCUAGUAAUAUGUUGAGACAUGCAAAGGGGGUCUCAAAAUCAUUUGAUGGUGGUACAAGGUCAUUAGAUAGAGGUAAAAUCAUGUUGAACGGAAGUAGCAUAAAUUAUGAUGUAAACCAACCUGAGGGAUCCAAGGAUUGUGAGGCUGAAAGUACCUGCAAGGAAAAUUCUGAUGAGAAGCCCAAUGGUGCACAAACAGCUGAUAAGGAAGAUAGUGUCCCUGGUGUAUUAUACGACUUGCUACAAAAGGAAGUAAUUGCUCUUAGGAAGGCUGGUUUUGAAAAAGAUCAAAGCCUUAAAGACAAAGAUGAUGCAAUUGAGAUGCUAGCAAAGAAAGUAGAGACGCUAACAAAAGCUAUGGAAGUUGAGGCGAAAAAAAUGCGGAGGGAAGUAGCUGCUAUGGAGAAGGAGGUUGCUGCCAUGCGCUUGGAAAAGGAGCAAGAAAACAGGGCCAAACGCUUUGGUAAUGCGAAGGGUCCUGUGGCCACUUCCCAGUUGCUUGCUGGAAGGACUACUGGACGAGGCGGAUUAACACGCAGCACUCAAUAACAACUAGUUGAACAGCUUUAUGAGCUCUCAAGGAGGGAAACCGGAAUUUCCGCUCGAAUAUGUCGUCUUCAUAUUCUUUAUAUCUUAUCUGGUGAUUGAUUAUAGUAAUUUGCAAUCCGAAUGCAAGUUAUCAUUACUCGGUGUUGCUUCUGACAUUAACUUGUAUGGGCGUAUUGCGUGCUUAGAGUUGAAGUUACUAACCUUUCGGAACAUGUAUUAUUCAAAUGACAAUGGUGUGUAGUGUGUUCUUAAUCUUAUUGUAUAGAUAGCAUCAUAGCAGAUAGGGCGGCAGGAAGGAUGUUAUUAGUCUUCCUAAUCCUAAUCUUAGCUCUUGUGCUGCAACCUGCCCUUGUAUUUGUAGUUAGCUAGCUAGUGUGAUGUUGUUUAGGGUUUUCUUAAUAUUCUUGAUAUUUUUCCAAAUCUGUUGACCUACUUUUAUGUUGUACUUCAUGUGUUUCUUGAUUUGCUCCAUUUUUUAUUUUUGUUUAUCUCA